ACAGUAGUAGAAGCUCCAGAGGACGCACGCGAGGUCAGUCCGCCGGCCGAAGAAGGAAGGAGCCGGCUUUCCAGCCUCUCUCCCAGGGCCUGUCCUAAGGAGCGGCGGCGGCGGCGGCGGCAACAGCAAGCAGCAGCGCCCCCGGCAUCUCCAGCGCGACCACCAUGGCCCGGCGCUGCCUCUCCUCGGCUCUGUUCCUGCUGCCUCUGCUCGGGGCUUGCCUCGGCGGCCUCUACUUCCAGGAAGGGCAGAGCUGCUACAAGCCCCUGCCGCGCAAGCCCCCUGGCGUCAGAACCUACCCUCGUCCUCAUGAAUAUUUGGACGUCUCCAGUCUACCGAAGAGCUGGGACUGGCGAAAUGUGGAUGGUGUCAAUUACGUGAGCACCACACGCAACCAACACAUCCCUCAGUACUGCGGGUCGUGUUGGGCUCAUGGCAGCACCAGCGCCAUGGCAGAUCGCAUCAACAUAAAGAGGAAAGGCACCUGGCCCUCGGCUUACCUCUCUGUUCAGAAUGUUAUUGACUGCGGUGAUGCUGGAUCCUGUGGAGGAGGGGAUGAUUUUGGCGUCUGGCAAUAUGCUUAUAACCACGGCAUCCCAGAUGAGACUUGCAACAACUACCAAGCUAAAGAUCAAGAUUGUCAGAAGUUUAACCAGUGUGGGACAUGUGUUACUGUUGGGCAAUGUCAUGAGAUAAAGAACUACACUCUCUGGAAAGUCGGUGAUUAUGGUUCUGUCAGCGGGCGAGAAAAAAUGAUGGCAGAAAUCCACGCAAAUGGUCCUAUCAGUUGUGGGAUCAUGGCUACUCCGAAGCUGGACAACUACACAGGUGGACUUUAUGCCGAAUAUCAGCCCUCGGCUUACAUAAACCACAUAGUUUCUGUUGCUGGCUGGGGUGUUGACAAUGGAAUAGAAUACUGGAUUGUGCGAAACUCUUGGGGUGAGCCCUGGGGUGAGAGAGGCUGGCUCAGAAUUGUGACGAGCAAGUACAAAGGGGGGAAAGGAGCCGAUUACAACCUUGCUAUUGAAGACCAAUGUAAUUAUGGAGACCCAAUUCUUCCUUGAGUCUACACUGGAAUUAAUCAUGUAUCUGGAAUGUAGGGACUGCUGCAGGUUGUUUCUCAUUUAAAAGGAAAGAAUAACCUCUCUGCAGUAUCCAUUAAUCAGGGACUUAUGCAAUAUUGACAUUACUGAGCCUUCACGUCUACCUGUGCUAUCUUAAUUCAAAGCUGCCUAUCCAAAUGAAUUACGUGUCCUGAUUGCACUAUGAGAGACAGUAAGAACAUGCGAGAGCACCUUUUUGUUUUCGAGAUGGAAUUAUUAUUGUGAUUCAAAUACCUUAUCGCUUACUGGGGAGGCAAAGUUGCUUUUUUUAAACCAUCAUUGUAAUGUUUGAGAGCAGAGCUCUUAUUAAACUGUCAUGAGAUAAUACAGACUGCAGAUCUCUCCCUACAUGCUGAGUGAAAAGGCCAAGGUGAACCUUUAGCUUAAAGCAGGAGAAAUGCAAGCUUAGCAUGAUGGUAUCAUGUGGCAUUGUAGGGAAGGUGACAUUUCUUAUUGACAUUCUUAAAUGCAGGUCUUCAGUAAAAAUGGUGAGCUACCGUAGAGCCAGCCACUGUUUGACAUUUCCCCCCCAGUUUAUCCUCAGACUUGCAGUCUUAUUCAAUAAGACACUCAUUACAAAUAAGUGUUCAGGAUAGAAUGCAAUAACAUCUGUGGUCCAGUAUCUUACCCUCUGAGCUAGCCUAAUUAAAAAAAACCCAGAUCAUACAGCACAGGUGAGCAUCUCUGAUGCAGAAACAUCUGUAGGCCACAUGAUGAAGCCAGCCUCCUAAAAACAUCUUACCCACUGUUUGUGUGCCAUCAAGUCAGUGGUGACCACAGAGCCCUGUGGCAGAAUACAGGAGGGGUUUACCAUUGCCAUCUCCUGUGCAGUCUGAGAUGAUGCCUUUCAGCAUCUUCCUAUAUUGCUGCUGCCCAAUAUAGGUAUUUCCCAUAGUCUGGGAAACAUACCAGCAGGGAUUUGAACUGGCAACCUCUGGCUUGCUAGUCAAGUCAUUUCCGCACUGCACCAUGAGGUGGCUGCACCUUGUCCACUGUUAGGCACAAUUAAGAUGGCAGGACCCUUGUACCGAUACGGCUGUAGCUACCAGGCAGAGCAUUAACUCCAUAUGCCAAGUGGCAAGGCAAGCCCCUUUGUGUGUGCUAUCACAGCACAUAAAACCAAAUAGAGAUGGCAGCAGACUAGAUGACAUUCAUUUCUUUUAAUGUUGAUUUUCUAAAAUGGACACAAAUGUAUUUUCUGCUCUUGAGAAUGAUAUAGUGAACCAAACAAAAAAUAGACCAGCGUAAGAAUCCAAAUAAGCAAGUUCCUGUAUACAAAAGUCUUAAACCAAGAGCUUAUAAUAAAAGGAGAACAAACAGAA